AUGUUAUUCUUACAAAUAGUUGUAUUUGACCCAAGUGAUACUGUUUCAUUUGAAAGUGUGAGUGAACGAAUUGAAUGCAUGCGAGAAAACACAAACGAUGAUAUUGUUUGUGUAAUUGUUUCGAAUAAAAAUGACUUGACUAAUAAAUUUAUUACACAUGAAAUGACACAAGUUUUGUGCAACAAAUAUAAUAUCACACUCAAAACGUGUUCUGCUGCUACUGGUGAUGGUGUUAAUGAGUUAUUUCAAUUUGUUGUGGAUGAAUUUUGUCAAAAUGUUGAUUUAAUAAAUGGGAUGAUCCAGCAACAAGUGCAGUACCAGCGUGAUAUCGACUUGCACAAACAAACAUUCAACAACUCCAUAUGCAAUGUAAUAUGA